AUGAGUUCAAGUAUAACUCCCGCCUUUGGCUCGGGUGACUAUGUCAAAUUCUUCGGUGCUGGAGCCCUUGCGGCAACCCUCACUCAUGGGGCCGCAACCCCCAUUGAUGUAGUAAAAACUAGAAUUCAGGUGGACGAUUCGAUGAAAGGACUUAACAUGGUUAGGGCAGCCCGGCAAAUAGUAGCCAAAGAGGGCGCUUCGGCUCUGCUGACAGGCUUUGGGCCUACUGCCGUCGGCUAUCUAGUUCAGGGCGGUGGCAAGUUUGCAGGAUACGAAUUCUUCAAGAAGAAGUUUAUCGACAUGACAGGUUCCCAGGAGACAGCGAUAAAACGGCGUACUGCCAUUUAUCUAGGUGCCAGCGCGACAGCAGAGUUCUUCGCCGACAUUGCACUAUGUCCUCUCGAGGCUACGCGUAUUCGCCUCGUCUCUCAACGUGGUUUUGCAUCUGGGCUUACGUCUGGCUUCAUGCGCCUAGCUAGAGAAGAAGGUAUACGUGGAUUCUACUCCGGCUUUAUACCGCUGCUGUUUAAGCAGGUGCCGUACGCCGUGGGUCAGUUUUCCGUACAUGAGGCGGCAGUCGAGGUCAUAUACCGCACCAUGGGACCCGAGCGGAAAGCUAAAAUGACUCAAUUGCAAUCCACAGGGGUAGAACUAAGCUCCGGUGUUGUGGCUGGUGUUGCAGCCGCCGUUCUCUCCCAUCCGGCCGAUACGCUGCUGUCAGCUAUUAACAAGGGCGCGGGCGAUCCGAAACAGGGUGUGACGAGUAGAAUGUUCACACUCGCAAGGGAGUUCGGUCCUAAGAGAUUAUUACUCUCAGGCUUGGGUCCUCGAAUAGUAAUGACGUGCGGUCUGGUUUCUGGUCAAUUCGUUAUUUACGCUCAAUGCAAGACCCUCGUAGGCGCACCGCCAGGUAUAGAGAUACACAAGGAAGAGUCGCUGAGUUAA